GAAGACAGAGCCACCACUGCCAGAAGGGUGCUCCAGACAUCGGAUACAGACACUCGGGUGAGCAGCUGCAGAAGAGGCUUGGAUUUGCUCACCGGGGGGCACCAGCCACAAUGACCUGCCUAUUCCCCAGAGUCCUGGGACCUCUGGCCUUCCUGAUGGUGGUGCUGCUGGUGCAUGGGGAGCUCCAAAUAGAGCUGGGAAGACAGCACAGAGAAGACGGGACAGCAGUGCAGCAGGUCAAAAGAAGGUACAAACGUGAAUGGGUAAAAUUUGCCAAGCCCUGCAGGGAAAGAGAAGACAACUCAAAAAGAAACCCAAUUGCCAAGAUCACUUCAGAUUUCCAAGCAACCCAAAAAAUUACAUACCGAAUUUCUGGGGUAGGAAUUGAUCAGCCCCCUUUUGGAAUCUUUGUUGUUGACCCAAACAGUGGUGACAUUAACAUAACGGCCAUAGUUGAUCGUGAACAAACCCCGAGCUUUCUGAUUACAUGCCGAGCUCUAAAUGCCCUGGGACAAGAUGUAGAGAGACCGCUCAUACUAACAGUGAAAAUUCUAGAUGUCAAUGACAAUGCUCCGAUAUUCUCACAGACCAUAUUCAAUGGUGAAAUUGAAGAAAAUAGCGCUUCAAAUUCACUGGUGAUGAUCCUAAAUGCCACAGAUGCAGAUGAGCCAAACCAUUUGAACUCUAAAAUUGCCUUCAAGAUCGUCUCCCAGGAGCCUGCGGGCAUGCCCAUGUUCCUCAUCAGCAGGAACACUGGAGAAGUCAGAACUUUGACCAGUUCCCUAGAUCGAGAGCAAAUCAGUAGCUACCAUCUGGUGGUGAGCGGCACAGACAAUGACGGAACAGGACUGUCGACUCGGUGUGAAUGUAGUAUUAAAGUGAAAGAUGUCAACGACAACUUCCCAGUGCUUAGAGACUCCCAGUAUUCCGCACGUAUUGAGGAAAAUACGUUAAAUGCUGAGUUACUCCGAUUUCAAGUGACAGACUGGGAUGAAGAAUACACGGAUAACUGGUUGGCAGUCUACUUCUUUACCUCUGGCAAUGAGGGGAAUUGGUUUGAAAUUGAAACAGAUCCCAGAACCAAUGAAGGCAUCCUGAAGGUGGUUAAGGCUCUGGAUUACGAGCAGAUGCAAAGCAUGCAAUUUAGCAUCGCUGUCAGAAACAAAGCUGAAUUCCACCAGUCAGUGAUCUCACGGUACCAAGUGCAGCCAACUCCAGUCGUCAUUCAAGUCAUCAAUGUCCGAGAAGGAAUUUCAUUCCGCCCUCCUUCCAAGACAUUUACCGUGCCAAGGAGUGUAAGCACUAACAAAUUGGCUGGUUAUAUCCUGGGAACAUAUCAAGCUACUGAUGAGGACACUGGUAAAGCUGCCUCAUCUGUCAGAUAUGUCCUGGGUCGUAAUGAUGGUGGUUUUCUGGCUAUUGAUUCCAAAACUGCUCAGAUCAAAUUUGUCAAAAACAUCGACCGAGAUUCUACAUUCAUCGUUAACAAGACAAUCUCAGCUGAAGUUCUGGCCAUAGAUGAAAACACUGGGAAGACGUCUACAGCCACAGUACUUGUUGAGGUGCCCAGUUUUAGUGAAAACUGUCCGUCAGUUGUCCUGGAGAAGGAAGAGAUCUGUAGUUCGUCCCCAUCAGUGGUUCUCUGGGUGAGAACCCUGGAGAGGGGUAGAUACUCUGGCCCCUACACAGUGUCGCUGGAGGAGGAGCCCCUGAAACUGCCAGUCAUGUGGAACAUCAGGAUGAUGAACGCCACCUCAGCACUUCUGCAAGCCCAGCAGCAGAUGUCUCCAGGAGUAUACAGUGUCCCAGUCAUCGUGAAGGACAAUGAGGGCAGGCAGUGUGACACACCAGAAAUCCUGACCCUGACAGUGUGUCAGUGUGAUGACCGGAGCAUGUGCAGAGCCCCUAUGCCCAGCAGAGGACCUAUGAUAUACAGGGAGUCCUCCUGGAGGCUGGGGCCGGCUGCCAUCGGAUUGAUCCUGCUAGGACUCCUAAUGUUGCUGUUGGCCCCUCUUCUGCUCCUGACCUGUGACUAUGGGGCAGGUCCCAUCGGAGGAGGAGCCGCAACAGGUGGCUUUAUCCCUGUGCCUGAUGGCUCCGAAGGAACAAUCCAUCAGUGGGGAAUCGAAGGAGCCCAGCCUGAAGACAAGGAAAUCACAAACAUUUGUGUGCCUCCUAUCACAACCAAUGGAGCAGAUUUUAUGGAAAGUUCUGAAGUCUGCACAAAUACAUACGCUGGAGGGGCGGUGGGGGAAGGUGCCUCAGGAAUGGAAAUGACGACCAAGCUGAGGGCAGCGGCUGGAUCAGGAGCUGCAGGGCCACUUGGCCCCUGUCCCUUGGGUCCUUCAGGAACAAUGAGAACGAGGCAUUCCACUGGAGGGACCUUGAAGGACUAUGUUGCUGCACCAGUGAGCAUGGCUUUCCUAGGUUCCUACUUUUCUCAGAAAUCAUUCUCCUAUGCUGAGGAAGAGGAUGAGCGGGAAGUGAAUGACUGUUUGCUGAUCUACGACGACGAAGGCGAGGAUGCUGCCCCCUGCUCGCCUGCACUCAGCUCCUGCAGCUUUAUGGCCGAUGACCUAGAUGACAGCUUCUUGGAGUCCCUUGGCCCUAAAUUUAAAAAGCUUGCACAGAUAUGUCUUGGUAUUGAUGAUGAAGCCAAGCAGGCAAAGCCAGGACCUAAAGACAGUGGUUCUGGGGCAGAUAUUUAUGCUCGCUCUAAAGAUGUCCCUCUGGCAGAUCCUUCCAGGUCGGGUUCUCAAAGGUACCAGACUUUGCCUGCCGGUCUGGAGGUCCCUCAGUCGGGUACUCGAAGGCACCAGACUGUGUCUGGUGGUCUGGAAGUCCCCCAGUCGGGUUCUCAAAGGCACCAGACUCUGUCUGGCAGUCAAGAUGUGUUCAUUUCCGGGUCUGUCCACCCUGCCAUUGCCAUCCCUGAUCCUCUACAACUUGGUAACUAUUUGCUCACAGAAUCUCACUCAACACCAGGUUCCUCCGUGCAGCCCACAACUGCCACCUUUGACCCACGCCUCACCCAGAGUGUCACAGUAACAGAAAAGGUGAUUUGCCCCCUUCCCAAUGUCUCUGGCAGCAUAGUGGCUCCCACAGAGCUGCGAGGUUCAUACAGUAUGCUCUAUACAAAAGAAUCCUAUUCCCAUCUAUGACCAAAGCAAAUUGGAAAAACAUACCAGCCACAUUUGGAUAUUUGUACCUAAAUACCUUUUUUAAAAUAUAGCAAAGCUUGUGAUAAUUGGACUAAUCUGACUUUUUGGAUAAUCUCUGAUUAUGGUUGUAAUUCAAAUAUUCUGAUUCAUAUAACAAAGCUGGGUAUGUUGUCUUUACUAACUCUCUGAUUUUUUUUUUCAAGCAGGAGUAAACCUAUAUAUUUUCAAAAAAGAUGAUCUUAAGAUAUUGGAUAAGGAGGGUUUCUAAGCA